AGAGUGCAAUGGCCAUUUCGUUGUUGGAGUUUCAAAAUGGCGGCCUCUAGUAGAAUUUUCGCAAGAUUACCUGACAGAUAAUAUAAUUUUGAAUAUUUGGUAAACUCUUUCACAACUGUUGUAUCAAUAUUAUAACGUAUUAGAUGUUUACAUGAUUUGUCCGUCAUGCCCUUGACUUUCGGCACUCAAGUUUUUGGAAAAUUUUCAAUUACCUUGUUAAUCGUAACUUAUACGAGCGCCUUUGCUUUUUUUCAUAGUUAAUGAAAAAAUAUCUGAUUUGCUAUUCGCUGUGUUGUUAGUUAUAUAAUAUUAAAACAAGAUAUAUUCACGAACUUUUACUAAAAAUUUAACAAUAAAGUUAAGAUUUUAUUCAACAUUUCAGUCCGCCAAAUCUUCGCUAGAACUUGUUACACUCAAACUCGCCCACAACUUUCAAUUAACAAAGAUACGAAAGUCAUUUGCCAAGGUUUCACCGGACGCCAAGGCACGUUUCAUAGUCAACAGGCCAUUGAAUAUGGAACGAAAAUGGUUGGUGGAGUGUCGCCUGGAAAAGGUGGACAGACAAAUUUGGGACUUCCAGUAUUUAAUUCAGUACAGGAAGCAAGAGAUGCAACCAAUUGCGAUGCUACUGUAAUAUACGUUCCGCCUCAAUUUGCGGCUAAAGCUAUUAUUGAAGCUUUGGAUGCUGAGGUUCCAUUGAUUGUGGUUAUCACUGAGGGUAUCCCUCAAUUGGACAUGGUUAAAGUAAAGAGAAAACUACUCAACCAAACUAAGAGCAGACUUAUCGGUCCGAAUUGCCCAGGAAUAAUUCGUCCAGGACAAUGUAAGAUUGGCAUUAUGCCUGGUCAUAUACAUAAGCCCGGAAAAAUCGGUAUUGUAUCCAGAUCUGGUACUUUAACGUACGAAGCUGUUCAUCAAACAACCCAAGUUGGUUUGGGUCAGACUUUAUGUGUUGGAAUCGGUGGAGAUCCAUUUAAUGGAACCAACUUUAUCGACUGCUUGGAAGUGUUCUUGAAAGAUCCAGACACUGAGGGUAUUGUUCUUAUUGGUGAAAUUGGUGGGCAGGCUGAAGAGAGAGCUGCAGAGUAUCUGGCAGAGCAUAAUUCUGGACCAGACAGAAAACCAGUUGUUUCCUUUAUCGCCGGUUUAACAGCUCCACCAGGUCGUAGAAUGGGUCAUGCUGGAGCUAUAAUUGCAGGAGGUAAGGGUGGAGCUGAAGAAAAAAUACAAGCUCUUAAAGAUGCUAGCGUUGAUGUUACAAUGAGCCCCGCUCAAAUGGGUACGACUAUGUUAAAAGCUAUGGAAAAGGCUGGUAAAGCUUAA